GCAACUACAAGCUAACGCACGCUUCAGUUAUCUUUUCGUACAGUGGCAGUGUGUAUAGUCUAGUGAUCAAUUCACAGUUACAAUAUCUUGAUUUUUCCCUUCUAUUUGCUAUAGGCUAGUUUAUAUUUUAUUCGCUUACGUUAGCUGCUUGAGUUGCUACAUUGGUAACAUAGCCUAGUUAGCUGGGCAUCUGCAAACGAGAGUUGGGACAUUAUAUUGUGAAGCUAUUCUUUUUUGUGGAAUUUUGUUACACCGCUGGAGAAAUGGAUGUGUUGGAUAAAAAGUGUCAAAGCCUGAACCAAACAAGUACCGGUAUCGGACACGUUUACAAAGGGCCGUUGCCAAGUGACAUUAACAUCGAAAGUCAACGGGGUGACCUCCUCCCCCCGCUGCUCCGUCAGCCGCGCCGAGUGCCGCCGAGCGGGCACUUUUCCUCCUUGGUUAGGCUGGAGCACGGUAGGAAGGCGCUGGCGGGUCCGCUAACUCACCCGCGGUAUUCAAAGGCUGUUCCGCACUGGACCGUCAACUUUGUGGACGAGCUUGGCGAUAGGCUGAGGGACUGUCACACCGCCAGAAUGAUCUCACCGCCCGUGAGCGAGAUGCAGGACCGCUACAGGGGCUGGAGCGCCCCCCAGAGGUCGGAGGCUGAGCACUACACCCCGCUGCUGGCACUGAGUAGACAGUUUGAGACAGAUAAAGUCCCUGCUCUGAACAUGCCCAGCAUCAGCACUACCCAUGCGGACUACAGGCGCUAUGGCAGGUCCGAGCUCUUCUCCCCCAGCAGCUUCGAUGAAGAAGCUUACAGGAGGAUGCCCCCUCCCAAAACUCUGCCCGCGCCGUCGCUGCAACCCUUCCUGCACCGGCCCUUGCAGCACGUCCCCCACGGGGGCCGCACCACCGUGUACCGGGACAGCUUCGCCGCCCCCGCCGGCGCUCCGGCCGCGCCCGUCCCGGAGCUCCCCGACUGGACCGCCGCGCAGGCCGGCAGGGACCUCUACGGGCACAUCUUGAAGGUCCCCAAAAUGUACAGCACGGAGAACCAGGGCUACGGAGGGAACAAAAUGGCCCUCAUCUGAGAAGAGGGAGGGGCC